AUGGAAUCCGCUAUGGCAAAUGUAGAUCUCGGCAAAUAUCGUCGCUUCGUUCAAAUAUUUUGGGACCCUGAACCUAUCAACGACACGGCUUUGGACCAGCCUGUUUGGUGCCUAGGCCGUGCGUAUUCUCUUUCUGAGAAACGCGAUACAGGGUCAUUACAAAGGGCUUCGUCGCCAAGCGAUCAGCCUUUUCAAGAUUUUUCCAUCGAACGAAUCCUUCCAAAUCCAAACCCGCAGAAAGAAACAACUACCACUACAUCGACAGAUACUGAAGCACAAGAAAGAGAAAUUCACUCUUCUCUGGAAAGUUUAUCAUCUUCAUUCAUGUACGAAAGUCAAAACGCUACUGCUUCGGGCUGGCCUGUUGCCUUUAUGGAAGAUUUCAAAGCGAGGUUCGGAAUGACUUAUCGUUCAAGUUUUGGAAUAAUACACAAGUCCGAUAAUCCAAGAGCUGCUUCAAGUUUAUCUUUGUCUAUGAGGAUCAAAGGGCAAUUAAAAGAGCAGAACGGUUUUACUUCGGACAGUGGCUGGGGAUGUAUGAUUCGGUCUGGACAGAGCUUACUCGCAAAUACAAUGUCUAUCAUGGACUUGGGGAGAGACUGGCGCCGGGGAAAGCUCCCGGAUGAAGAGCGACGCCUCAUCUCUCAAUUUGCCGAUGACAGUCGAGCUCCUUACUCUAUUCACAAUUUCGUUCGCUGUGGCGAAGCUAUAUGUGGCAAAUAUCCGGGCGAGUGGUUCGGCCCAUCUGCUACCGCCCGGUGCAUUCAAGAAUUAGUCAAUUCACGAGGACUGCCUCUACGAGUUUACUCCACGGGUGAUAGCCCUGAUGUGUACGAAGAUUGUUUCAUGAAGAUUGCAAAUCUCGAUGGAAAAUGCUUCCAUCCGACCUUAAUCCUGGUAGGAACAAGACUAGGAAUCGAUAAGAUAACACCCGUGUAUUGGGAGGCAGUCAUAGCAUCCCUACAAAUGGCGCAAUCUGUAGGGAUAGCUGGUGGCCGACCGUCUUCGUCACAUUAUUUUGUUGGGUCUCAAGGUCAUUUUCUCUUCUAUUUAGACCCCCAUCACACUUGCAACGCACUGCCAUUUCACUCGGAUAUAUCGCACUAUGGUGUAGAAGAUAUCGAUACAUGCCACACGACACGUCUAAGGAGGAUUCACGUUCGAGAAAUGGAUCCGAGCAUGCUGAUUGGCUUUUUGAUAAAAUCCCAGGAAGACUGGAUAGAGUGGAAGAGGCGUGUGAAACAUGUCCAGGGAAAAACAAUAAUUCAUGUGGCUGAUUCUUAUCCUGCACAUGAAGUGCGGGACGCUACUGGGAGGUCCGCAAUUGACGAAGUUGAACCUUUGAGUGACGACGAAGAUCUAUACACCGGUGAUGCUACAUAG